AUGGCUUAUUAUAUCUUGUUCUUUCUGACCUUCACGGUUAUCAUUGGUGGCACCGCGCUCUACCUUACUCGUGCACGAUGGCUACCGUUUAUUCCCGUGCCUGAAUAUAUCUACCAUCGCCUUCCUUCCAGUUUUGCCAAUGAUGCCGAAGCUGGCUUUACAUCCACACAAUUUGAUCUUUCUGCGAACGUCGCAGAUGGAGAUAGUAGAGCUGGAUUGGAUAGUCGUGCAAAACGUGAUAUUCGGGAAAUCAUGCACCGGCAGAAAGUCAACUUUGAUGAAGCCCGUCGCCUUUACACAGAGCAACGAUUUGCGAAAAAUAAUAUUGGCCCGGAUGGUCGGCCAAGAGACCCCAAAUUUGUUUCCUUUUCCUAA